CACAAGACUGCUAAAAGGGUCCAAAGUCCAGACGACAGUUCACCUCCAUUUUCUUCAGAUCAGCUAGGGUAUUUUAACAAGAGGCAAGACACUCAAUUAAAAGCCAUGAUUUCUACAAAAGCUUGUAAAACUGGAUGGACAUAUGGUUCAAGACUUACAGCGGCAUACACCCGUACAUUUGCUGCAUCUGCACAAAAUCAACAGAAGAAAAAUGGAAAACAGAAUAUUGUACUUGUUGAUGGUGUACGAACUCCUUUUCUUAUGGCAUUCACCAGCUACAAAGGAAUGAUGCCACAUGACCUUGGACGUGAAGCAUUAAUGGGACUGCUGAAUCGUAUUGAUAUACCAGCAUCCCAUGUUGAAUAUGUUGUGAUGGGAUCCGUUAUACAGGAAGUUAAGACUGCAAAUAUUGCAAGAGAGGCCAUGUUAAGUUGUGGGUUUCCUUUAAGCACACCUGCUCACACUGUGACAAUGGCGUGUAUUUCCAGUAACCAAGCCAUCACUACAGGUAUGGGACUCAUCUACUCUGGCCAAUGUGAUUCAGUAGUUGCAGGUGGCAUUGAAUUCAUGUCUGAUGUUCCAAUCAGAUUGAACAGAGAUUUGAGAAAGAAGCUUCUCACAAUGAACAGAGCAAAAAGUGUUGGACAGCGGUUAGGCAUAAUUUCGUCCAUUCGACCAAAGCAUUUAUCGCCUGAGUUGCCAGCCAUUGCUGAAUUCUCAACUGGUGAAACUAUGGGACAGAGUGGAGAUAGGUUGGCUUCAGCAUUUAGUGUCUCUCGCCAGGAACAGGAUGAAUAUGCGCUUAGAUCUCAUCAACUGGCUUUAAAGGCGCAGAAGGAGGGUCUAUUGAAUGAUGUGAUUUCAUUUAAAGUUCCAGGUGGUGAAUUUGUAUCCAAAGAUAAUGGUAUCAAAGAUUCUACUAUGGAAAAAAUGACAAAACUAAAACCUGCUUUCAUUAAACCACAUGGGACUGUAACAGCUGCUAAUGCAUCAUUCUUGACUGAUGGUGCAUCUGCUUGCUUGCUGAUGACUGAAGAAAGAGCUCUCGCAUCUGGUUUCAAACCAAAGGCUUAUUUAAGGGAAUAUACGUAUGCUUCUCAAGAUCCAAAGGAUCAGUUGUUGCUUGGCCCAACCUACUCGACUGCUAAAUUGCUGGACAGAACUGGACACAAAUUAAAUGAUUUUGACGUUGUGGAAAUCCAUGAAGCAUUUGCUGGCCAAGUUUUAGCCAAUUUUAAAGCCAUGGAUUCAGAUUAUUUUGCAACGGAAGAAAUGAAACGAAAGGAGAAGGUUGGUACUAUUGACAUGAACCGAGUAAACACAUGGGGAGGGAGUCUUUCUAUUGGUCAUCCAUUUGGUGCAACAGGUGUUCGACUUGCUACUACAGCUGCAAACAGAUUGAUUAAGGAAGACAAACAACUUGCUCUUAUAACAGCCUGUGCUGCUGGAGGACUGGGUCAUGCAAUGAUCGUGGAGAGAUAUCCAUCAAAAUAGAGUGUACAUUUUGUUUCUACUUGUAUAUCGUGUUAUAAAUAAUAUUUGUAGUAUUUUUGUACUUUGAAACAUGCUGUUAAGUAACUCUCAAUAAUCACUCUCGUUAUUAACAUUUUCGCUAUAAAAACUGUCGCUAAAUAAAAGGAUUAUUACGAUAAAAAGGAAGAUAAUAGUAUGUAUAUAUAAUAUAAAAUGUAAAAAAAUAUGCAUUUUACAA